AUGUCUUUUGAGAAGAAAAGAAAUACCAACAAUUCCCCUCUGUCCGAUUUGUUAAAACACAGCAAAUUGACGUUAUCUGAACAGCUUUCUUGGACUAUCCUGUGGAAUAGAGCGGAUAUUGCACGUUCGGAAAUUUUUACUGGACAGUUAUUACCAAAAAGUAUUUUACACAAUGCAAUGAUGGAAUCACUUAUUCACAACCGUGUUGAUUUUGUCCGACUAUUGCUUGAAAAUGGUGUCAAUAUGGACGAAUUUCUUACAAUUGCUAGAUUAGAAGAAUUAUAUAAUACUGAUCAAGGACCUCCAAAUACUCUUUAUUAUAUUGUUCGUGACGUUGUUAAAAUCCGUGCUGGUUACCGCUAUAAAUUACCACACAUUGGAAUGGCUGUAGAAAAAUUAAUGGCUAAUGGAUUUCGUUCACAUUACACAUCUUCACAUUUUCGUCAAAAAUACAACGAAUAUAGAAGUAAAUUAAAAGUUAGUUUUUCUUUAAUUAUUUUUAAUUUAUUAAAUGCCUAG